AUGCGGGGUGUGGCCUCACCCUCGGCGCCGCAUGGAAUACUUGAUUCACCAAUGGCUGUCAGUCUGAUGCUUCCACGCAUGUUACAACCGAGAGGCACAUGUAAGGCAGUUCCCUUGAAAAUCCUCAAGGCAAAGUCCGGUGUUGGCACAUCUGCACCGAACGUAGCAUCGUACUUCAAGGAGCCAGGGACUGCUGAUGCCUACCUUAUUGGGCAGACGGUGGAGGUAAAUAGCGACUCUCUGUGCAGUGGGUGCGUGGCAUACGACACAGGUCAAACCCAGCAGAGCUACCUUGUUUGA